UCUUGAAACACAAUUCACUUGAAGAAAAAAACCAGAUCAUAUCUCCUCCUCUAUCUAGACUCCACCUCCGUUUGAGCUUUAUGAUACAAAUCCUCACUAGAUUUAACCUUUUACAUUUGUCUAUUGUGUAACAGUUAGGUUUAAUUUGCAAAAUCAUCAGGUAUAUCUCAACAAUUUUAGUUGUAGUUCAGCUCUGCAUCUGGUAUAUCUCAAUAGCUUAACAGCAGGUCAGAAGACAAUUUUAGUUGUGGUUCAGAUCUACAUCUGGUAUAUCUCAACAACUUAGCAGCAGGUCAGAAGUUUCAUCAGCAAUGACACUUCAUGUUGGUAGUAGCAGUCGAUCCCGGACUACAAGUACUAGGUAUGCAUAUACUACUCCUAGGUCAAGUGCAGCUAAUUGGCCGAGGGCUUUGCUCAAUUCACAAGGGUCCCCAUCAACUGAAGGUGGUCGCAUUGCUGCAAGUUCAAGUGAAGGUAUUCGUCAUCGUUUUUCUUCGUCAGAUGGCGAUCAUUAUCCAAUCCAUGGUGAUCGGAAUCAGGAUGAAGGAUAUGAAUGACAUGAGGCUUUUCAUCAACCAAAUAAUGAAGCUGAAAAUACCGAGCAGAUAAUCACCUUUCGGAAACCAAGUUCAAUUCUAUGGGACAACCAAUAGAAGAUGGUUCUAAGGAAUAUUCCACCAGGGUUGGAACGAUAGCCAGGAGUAUUGUCCCGCCACAUCACGAAGAUUAGAGAGAUGUUCCUUGGGUUCUUAAGGAAGAAAUCUGGAGAGCCAUCAAGAAUGAGUACAUGGUACUUGAAGUCAUCAAGUGUAAGGCUCUAAUGAUGGAAAAUAAAUCAUGGAAGAACAAAAAGACUACUCUAAGGAAAUGGUGCGAUCAAUUUUCUACUGUUGCUGAGAGAAAGAACAACAGACCAGCUGGUGUGAAGAGAGAGGAUUGGGAGAAAUCUGUGGACUUGCAUAAUUCAUAAGCUGAUCAAAUACUAAGGGAGAUAGGGAAGGAAUCAAGGAAGCUACUGAAAGCUUUGCAUACUACUGGAAGGGAUGGCACUGCACGUCGUCGACAUAUUAUGGAACAACAAUCUUCAACUGGGAGUGUAAACAGAUCUGUUGUAUACUUGGCUACACAUGUUUACAAAAAAAUACCUCAAGACGAACUUGAAUUGAUGGACCCUAACUCUUAUGAAGUAAAAUGCACAGAAUAUGUUCACAAGUAAUGGAGUUGAAUGAAACUGAGAAGUAUAGAGAUGAAACCCAUUUGGACAUAUAUGAAGUCGUCAAGGUGUUUGGAGUUGAUGAUAGAGGUUGUGUUCGAGGAAUGGGAGGUGGGAUAUCUAAUACUGGACUACUUGCUUCUGUAGUUCCUAGGGAGCAGUUACGACAGCAAGUGUUGAAGACUAGAGUUGUACAAGAUCGGGUCUGUAAUCUCGAUGAAACUGUUGAGACACUAAUGGCCGGUUUAAGUUGCAAUUGUAACCAUAGUAAUUCUAAUGCUCAGGGUAUGGAUGGUGGUGGUUAUCAACUAGCUGGAUCUCCACAAGUAAUUCUGAGGAACAUGAGAAAGAGAGUUGUUGCAGUAGGCUAUAUAUUUACCAAUAUGCCUCCAAUAGAUGAUGAAUAUCAUUUGGUCCUCAUUGAUGAAAUUUGUUUACCUUCUGAGAAUCUCUGUGAAGGUGAAGGAACUUUUAAAGAUGUUUCCACAGGUGACAAGGUUAUGUGGCCACAACACUAUGUUUUCCUAGUUGCCGCAGGUGGUGCAAGAUUUUAAUGGAUUUGGAGUUCUGGUUUUAUGUGGAGGUUUGGGACUUUUUGGGACUUUUUUUGGGUAUAUAUAUACAUGGUUGGUAUACAUGUAGGUUUUUUGGAUAUAUUACGUACUUGGCAGUAUAUGUAACUAGUUAUGAGAAUCUAUUUUUUGAGAUGUAAGUAUUUUGGGUUAGACUUGCAAGUUUGUAUGGUUUUGAGUCUCAUCUUUUUUUUUCUUUUCUUUUUUUUUUGUGAUGAAGAAGAGAUUCAAAACAUUUAAAGAAGUGUCUUGCAACUUCUAUGGAUAUGUAGAUUCAGUCUAAUGAAUAUAUUAGUAUCAAUCUUGUUCAGUUUUUAACA